AUGAUUUCAAUCCAGGGUCUUAGGCUCCAAAAUUGGCCGGAGGUUUACAUGGGAGGUUUACAUGGCGAGGUUGGUGUUGAGGGUGGAUUCGGAACAGGGGUGGCGGUGGCUUUGGGGAGGCUGCAGUUAAAACCAGCCCACGUCAUGAUUGAGGAGGAAUGGCUCCUGAUAUAUCAGGAGCCAAGCAUUGUCCUUUCAAUAAUUAUCCUUACUAGUUUCAAAGAAAUGAUUGCUUGGAAAAUGCGAUAUAUCAUAUAA